UUCAAUGAUAGUAGCGCUUCCGGUUUAUUUCUGCAUUCUGAACAAAAGCCCACCCAUGUAGUAUUAUAUACUGCUUUUCAAUCCGGUAGUAAUGCAAUUGAAACGACUGGUUAGGAAUUUAAAUUAGUUUCCGACAACAUUUUUUUAGACAACAUCGCGUGAAGAAAAUAAUGGAUAAAUUUGAAGGCUACAUCUUCACCGCGUUGUGCAGCACCAACUUUCUGGUGUCCUGCCUGAUCUUUUCUAAAGUCACCAGGGAGCAAAGAGAACCUUACAUGGACGAGAUUUUCCAUGUUCCUCAAGCUCAAAAAUACUGCCACGGGAAAUUCAACCAGUGGGACCCAAUGAUUACGACCCUCCCUGGUCUUUACUUGGUGUCCGUGGGUAUCAUCAAACCUGUGGUGCGCCUCGCCAACAUGACGGGCGACGUGGUGUGUUCCACAGCCAUGCUGCGUUUCAUCAACCUCCUCUUCAACUGUGGCAACCUCUACCUGCUCUACCGGCUUGUUUGUAGGUUGCACCCAAAGGACAAGACGCGAACGACAGCUCGGCGGAUUCUCUCGGCGCUGUCUCUCUCCACCUUCCCCGUGCUGUACUUCUUCAACUUCCUGUACUACACAGACGCCGGUUCCACUUUUUUUACCCUCUUCACGUACGUCAUGACGCUCCACGGCUGCCACAAAGCUUCGGCGCUGCUCGCCGCCUGCGCCGUCUUCUUCCGUCAGACUAACAUCGUGUGGGUUGCGUUCUGCGCCGGGACGCUAGUGGCCAACCAGAUGGACGACGCGUGGAGGGCGGCGCAUUCUAAAAAGACUGACGACAGGUCUGCCAAGCUACAGGUUCCGAUAUCGUUGAUUGGAUUCAAACGAGUUGCGUUCUUCACUCUUGAGUUUUUCACAUCUGCCGGACACCUGAAGUCGGUGUUAUCAGUCACGUGGCCGUAUGCCGCAGUCGCCGCCGGGUUUUUGGUUUUCAUAUGGCAGAACGGCGGAGUAGUCGUAGGCGACCGCGCCAACCACGAAGCUUGCCUCAAUUUCCCGCAGAUUUUCUACUUCUUCUGCUUCUCCUUCUUCUUCUCAUUACCCGUCUCUCUAUGUCACCACCGCGUUCGACGCUUCCUCCAAGCCAUGAAAAGGCAACCCGUCCUAUUCCUCCUCGCCACGAUCGUCUCCGUCCUCCUGGUGUGGAAGUUCACCGCCGUCCACAAGUACCUUCUAGCAGAUAACCGUCACUUCACCUUCUACGUUUGGAAGCGGUUCUUCCAGAGGCACGAAGUACUGCGUUUCCUCCUGAUUCCUAUCUACAUAUUCGCCGCCUGGCACUUUCAAGACUCUCUUAAGUCACGCUCGCUCUUCUGGACGUUAGCGUUCCUAGCUUGCGUCGCGGCCGCCACCGUCCCUCAGAAGCUCCUGGAGUUCCGUUACUUCAUCAUCCCGUACUUGAUGUACCGCUUGCACAUGCCGCUUCCGUCGACGCCCAGACUUGUACUGGAGUUCCUGCUGUACACGGCCGUCAACGCCGCCACGCUUUACAUCUUUGUCACCAAAACGUUCCGCUGGCCGGACAGCGCCGCCACGCAGAGGUUCAUGUGGUAAAUGACAACAAUGUAAUUUAUUUGAAUAUGACUAUGUCAACCAAAUGUUUUUUUGUGUACUGCGUAAAUGAAAACAUCCUUUCAUUUUUUCCAAUUGUUUGUCGAUGCAUUUCCUGCAUAUACUGUGUGUAAUCGCCAAUCCCAUGAACUCGCGGGAUUGGACGUCUAUCGCCGUCAAUGUCGGCCAAUGAGUAAAACACAUUUUUACAGUCAGUCUUCCUAUCAUUGUUGUGAUGAAUUAAAAAAAAAAAAAGGAAUAAAACACA